GGAAGAUCCCUUGUGGGGAGAGGUCCGGAGCGGUCGGAAGUCAGGCUGCGGCCCUAUUCCAUGAGCGACCAGCUGUCCAAUUUGACGAUGGGGUUGCCUCAAAUCAAAUUUCCGUCGAAGAGUCUGAAGGGAGAUAUGCAAUAGGUUCGUGCGAUGGGAAUUAGUCGCAGCUUUUGGAUGACGCAGGCGAAUGAAGUUAGUCGUAGCUCUGGACCCUCGCGAUAUUAUCAAACAUGGAGGAGGGCAUGGAUCUUUCAGCGGGGCUCGAAGAAUUUCCAUUUUACAUUGACCUUCACCACACUUACACAACACCAAUAUAUUUGCAUCUUUGGAUUGUUUCGAUAACAGCAAUGGCAGUACCAGAGGACCCAAUCGAGGGGUCGAAUAUCGAAGAUGAGGAUCCAGUCGUUGCAGAAUAUGACAUCUUCAUCAAACCAACCGUCUCGACAUCGAGUAACAUCUACAUGCUACAAUAUCCGAAUCGACCCAAAGAAAAACCUUACGAUGUCACGAACCAGCAACCUCUAGCCAUAAGAGUCAAGCCGAAGUCUGGAUUCAUAGAAAUUGACCUCUCCGUGGGUACCCACUCCAACUUCGAUCGCGAGAAAGGUGUGAGAUGGGGUCAUGCAGUUCACGAGUCGAAAGAGGAGGGUUUCGCAUCAUUCGGACCAUCCUCCGGCCUCGGAAGUAAAGGCACAGGGGCCGUGGUCCACAAAGAAGCCGAUGGUGAAGACCGUGAAACAUUGAUCAUGGACCGGUUGGAGCGUUUUGCUACAUCGGAGGCCCGUGGUGAGGUGAUGAACAAGAUGGUGGUUGGGGGUCAGAUCUUGAAGCAGGAUCUAGGAAUGCCUCACUACAUGCUUGGGAAUGUUCAAGGACGGGAACUGCAUCUUACGCCCGUGUCCGGCAUCAUCCAGAUGAGACCACAAUUCCACCACCUUGACGCAAAGCAAAGAAUGGAAAACCUCCAUCGUCGCCGAGAACGCGAAGCCGAUGAGCCUCGUCAGCAACAGCAACCGCGUGCCGUGCAACAAGUUAUGAAAUCUACCGACGAGGAUAAUGACCCGUUCAACUCCGCCAAUUCCAAGGCGCUUCUCCAGCGUGCACAAGAGGAAGAUUGGCAAGAUCUCAUCCUCCAUGAUGAGGAGAGCGAGGAGACUGCGAAUGCGUAUCAGGAAUCCACAGUCAUCGAAUCUUCAAGCAAAAGCGAAGCACUCCAUGCUUCCAUGACUCGAGAGCAAUACCUGGAGGCUAUCAGCAUGAGCAAGGUAUAGCGGUAGCAC